CAGUCGAAGCGUGCCGCGCGCGACCGUUGUACAGUUUUACCAGUUUCCCGCCAUUUGGAAGUUAUGUUGUUCAUAAUAUUAAUAUCAAUCGCGGCAGUAGGCGCCAUGCCGUCAUACAUCGCAGUACCAGCAGACCAGAUAGCGUUCGUGGAUCUGACAGCAAUGAGGGCGAGACGCCUGCCCCGACAGACGCUGGAGCCGCCGCUGCCACAUGCACUGUACCAAGAGGAUUACCAGCCUAUACCAGUGCAGAGAUAUCAACAACAACCAAUAGGUCUUGUACCACCACAACCUGAAGCUCCAGCAAGGCUACUUCAAAUCCAGCAACAAGAAAAAGAUUCAGCACCAGCGCCUAUCGCCCAACCUUCACAGUACGCGGAGAGGCCGCCCGAUUUCGGUGAAUACGUCGACUUCGGCGCCCACACUGGUGACAAUGGCGCUUUCGGUUGGUAUGCUGAUUACCCCGUCAACAAUCAAGAGGAAUCUGGAUAUGGAAAGUAAACUAUUAUUUAGAGGGUAGUUUAUAAUAUAAAAAACAAAAUGGCGGAUGACCACGUGGUUCUAGAAGCCUUGUCUAUUCUUAGCUACCCUCAUCUUUGUUUUUUAAGCACAAACUUGCCUAGUUUAUGAAAUGUCUGUUAUUAUUCAUUAUGUUACCAAAGACAGUAUUGUUUCCGUGAUAGUAGAGUAGAGUUAGCGAAUUACCGCACAUUUGUUUUAGACGGUGAAUUACGCUGUUUUUGCACUAUUUUAUAAUUAGGAUACAAGCAGGCUAAAGACCUGUGUCGAUUUUUAGAGGUUUUUGUUGGUUUAUGAGUUACCGACUUUGUUAAAGUUCCUUUUUUUGUUAUUUGUUAAGUUUUAAAGAACACUGUGAUAUGCACCUUGGUAGUUUUUCGUUUCCAUAUUAAUCUAAUACUCAUAAAUGUAUUUAAUUUUAUCUGUUUCUUUUAUACUUGUUCCUGUUCUUUUGCCAUUUUCACUGCUUAUGUUUUCACUUCUUUCUUUGUUCACUGUUCUCUAUAUUUAAUUUCUGACUGUACUUUUUUCACCGCUUUAUUUUAUCAUCUUGCUUUACCACUGUUUGUAUUUCAAAACUUCACUUUUCAAUAAUAUAAUACACUUUCUUUAUUCUGUUUUCGUUUCAUUUCAUUUUGGUGAUGGUAUUUAAUUCACGAUUAAGCAUUUUCUAUAUUCAUCUUACUUCUUCUAUUUUCUAUUUUUUCUAUUCUUUACUUCGCUUUUUUCCUUCAUCGCUUUUCUUUUCUUUCGCAAUCUCAACUUAUUUUAUUUUCAUAUUUAUGUAUUUCUUAUAUUAUAUUUGAGAGAACUGUACAAUUUCUUUCGACUAUAUUAUUUAUAUUAUACUGAAUGUACUCACAUUUUAUUUUAUUUAUGCUUUAUCUUUCCUCUGCAGUUUAUGCCACUAUCUUGCCAAACAUCUUUCUCUUUUUCUUCCUUAAUAUUAUUUACCACAAUACACUAUAUUAUUUGAGCUAUCGCUAUAUCUGUACUCUAUUUUACUAUUUCAAUUUAUUCUCCUGUUUCUAAACUUUUUAUAAUAUU